GGUUCAUUUUCUCAAAUACAAGUCAGCCGUUCACCUGCUCAACAACACAUCUACGCCCUCUUUACGCACUCAUGUCGAACAAAGAUUAUUACGGCCAACAGCAACAACAACCUUACUAUCCCCCACAGGGCCCACCACCAGGGCAGGGUGGCUAUUACCCUCAGCAACCUCCGCAAUCGUACCAAGGGUACGGUCCCCAGCCUGGCUAUGGCGGCGGCCAGCCCGGUUACCAACCUCAACCACCACCUCAAACUGUUUAUGUACAACAACCUCAGCAGCAAGGAGGGGGCGGAGGCGGCAUGGGAUGUAUGGCAUGCUUAGCAGGAGCCUGUCUUUGCUGCUGUGCAGAGGGUUUGUUUUUUCUCUGUGAUCGAGUGACACUUGCUCACGUCCGCUUCAGAGGCCCUUUGCGACUGUCUACUGUAAGAUGGCAACAAACCCAAAUAUACGGGAUGGGUUUUCCUUGUGCGAGGGCUGAGUUACACUAUCUGUCACCUUUUUGAUUUUGUAUACUUUGGACGGUACUCUGUCUGCACGAACAUUUAUACUUUCUAUAUUCCCGAUAGUAUGUUAUAGCGCUGUUGAGUGCCUGAGGGCAUGGUUAAGACCUUGGUUAGGAUGUGUCAGCCACGUCUGAAGUGCAGGUUCACUACAGUACCAAUAUAAACUGUGUUUAUUCGCAAA